GUGGGUGUGUGUCGCUUUGCUCCUACCCUCUUGAUAAUAGUUCUCACCUCCCCCCCUCCCCCCUUCUCUCUCUCUCCCCUCUCUCUCUCUCUCUCCCCUCCACGCCGCUCGCUGGGGAGACACAGAAUGUCUCUCUCACAACGCUUGGGUAUCAGAUCAAGAAGGUCCCGUCUGAAGCCUCUCCUAAUCGCAACAUCCGCCUACCUCGUCCUGGUCACUCUUAUAACACAUGGAAUCAGUCUGCCAGGAGCGGAAGACAAAUGGAAGAAGAGCGAGGAUGCAGACCGCAGCCUCCUCCUCCUCUCUUCCUCCUCCUCUUCCUCCUCCUCCUCCUUCUUCCUCCCUUCUAGAUCUCUCCUAGAAUCAAAAAACGAGAGGAAGGAAGAGGAAAAGGAAGAGGAGGAGAGGGAACAUACGAAGACGAAGGAGGAGGAGGAGGAAGAAGAAGAGGAGGAGGAGGAGGAGAGAGCGGAAAAACACAUACAUAAUCACAAAAUACAGGAAGAGGAGGGGACGAGGAGAGAAGAGGAGGAGGAAGGAAGAAGGGAAGAAGAAGGAGGACAUAAGAAGAAAAAAAUACAGAAAACCCGCGAAGAAAACGAAGAAAAUGAAGAAAAAUCUCGAGAGGGGAAACCCAAGCAAACCGACGGGGGUACCUCAACAUCAAACCCUGUCCACACAUCUCAUCCCGUCUUGGCCGCGGCGGGGGGGCCGGGGGGGCCUGCGGGGGCGCUAUGGCGGGAGAACUGCACCCCCCCAGCCAUUGAGCAGUUCCCCCGGGGUAUCAUGUCCCCCGAAGCAAGGAAACACGGAGGUCUGAUCAUCCAUAUCCUGAUAACAGCGUAUAUGUUUUUAGCGAUUGCCAUUGUGUGUGAUGAGCUGUUUGUUCCUUCCCUGGAGAUGAUCUGUGAUGCUCUCUCCCUGGCCGAGGACGUGGCAGGGGCGACUUUCAUGGCGGCAGGGUCUUCGGCGCCCGAGCUGGCCCCCUCUGUCAUAGCUGUCUUCGUGGCAGAGUUAAGAAGGAGGGGGGGCCCGGCUUCAACUUGGGGAGUGUUGUUGCAAACCUGA